AUGAGUGCUGAUGUGAUUGAGCGUUAUAUUCCUGAAAAAUACCAGUUUGUUAAAAGAUUGACUCGUGGAGGAUAUGGACAAGUGGUCCUUUGUUUCGUCAGGGACUCGCAGGAGGAAGUGGCCAUUAAAGUCCCCUAUUUCAAGCAAAACACCGACCGUGAGAUUGCUCUGAUGCGUCGGUUGAUGGCAGAAGGGAUGGACCAGAAAAACUUUGUCAAGUUCAUCGAGUCAUUUCCGACUCCUAUGGGGAAUGCCAUGGUCUUUGAAAAACUCGACAUGAGUAUGUGGCAAUACUGCCAAAAGUUUGACCUCAGCCUCUCGGAGGUCAGCUGUGUUCUUCAACAGGUGGCCACAGCUUUGAGCGUACUCAAAGACUGGUCAAUCGUCCAUGCAGACCUGUCAUUGCCGAAUGUGAUGGUGGUGAAUGCCAUUCAGAAUCCUCUGCAGGUUAAACUGAUUGACUUUGGGAUGUCUCGGCUCGCAUCCAGGACCCAACGAGGGGUUGUUUUGCAGCAUGUGAACUACAGCCAGAAAGCCCAGGACGUCGAGGCAGCUAUAGACUUGCUCGAAGAGAUGCUGAAGAUGGACGCAGAUGAGAGGAUAACGCCUAAAGCCAUCCUUGUUCAUCCGUUUAUCCAGAAACUUGGGGAAAAUCUAUUCAUGGACAUUUCUGGAGAAAACGCAGAUAAUUCCACUAAACAGCUCCACUUGGACACGGAAGAUGAGUGCACUUCUCUCACUCAAAAUGAGGUAGCAAAAAUCCUCCCAGAGGGAUAUGAAGUCACCAAAAUGUUGGGGAAUGGACAGUUUGGGCAGAUGGUCCUGGUGAAACCGACUGGGUCUGUCAAAUGUGUGACCCUCAAGAUUCCACAUUCCAACAACAGGACUCAGCGAGAGGUUCGGCUGCUUCAGAAAAUUGCAGAGGCAGACAUGGACCACAAAAACUUAGUCAGGUUCCUGGAGACGUGGGACACCAGUUGUGGGCAGGUGAUCGUGAUGGAGGAGUUCCGCAUGGGCUUACUUGAAGUCAUGGAAAUAGAGAGCCCUCUGGCCUUCGCCCAAAUCCGGUACAUCGUCCGACAUAUGGCCGAGGCCUUAAAGGCACUGGAGUCCAGGGGCAUCAUCCACACCGGUGUCAUGGCAGAAAACAUCUGGGUCUGCGGCGUAGACAGGCCCAUUUUCAAACUGGCAGGUUUUGGUGCUGUGGUUCGGAGGAAGAAGGCGGAACCUGGAAUGAAUGUGCAGCAUUCCUGUUUGUCUAUUAAGGAGAAUUACCAACAAUCUGAGCUGGUUGGAUGCAUUAACCUCAUCAAGCAGAUGCUCCACAUGGACCCUGCUCAGAGGAUCACUCCUGCUCAGAUCCUCAAACAUCCUUUUAUUCAACAGAAGAAUGAGGCGGACAAACUAGUCUCUGUAAAGAAGGAUGACCUCAUUCUGCAAAGUCCAUCAAAAUCUCCGAAGGUCAUUUUGGUGAAACCAGCUGCUCCAGAAAAUAUCAUCCACUUAGAGAAAGAGGACCCACCCAGGAAAAGUCAGAAGAUUAAGACGGCUAAACCAAUCCCUGAAGAGAAGGCUGACCUGGUGCAGAAGUCUCCUCGUAAAACUCCUAUGGUCAUUUUGGUCAAAGCAGCCGCAGCAGAAAACACCAUACAGGAUCACAAACCGAAGACGAGUGCUGAGAAUCAGGCAGCAGAGAAGCCAAAGAUGGAUGUUCAAAAUCCAAAGAAAAAGAAGACACGAACUGUCACCCCAGAGGUUCCAUCUGUGCUGGCGCUUAGGAAGAUCCAGCAGAACUGUGGUACUAGUGAGGGAUGUGGGACAUCAGAGAAGCUUGGAGACCUACAGAUGUCUCACAGCUUUAAAUGGAAACAUCUGUUGCAAAAAACAAUGCAACAAGACCAGACAACACUCCAGCCCUCACUAGGUGCCACAACACCCAAGAAAAAGAGAAACUUUGUCCAGAAGUCUCUAUCCUGGCUGAGAGGGUUCUUCUGCCUUCGAGGGGACGUUGAGGAUUAA